CAGGUUCUUGCGGCUGCGGCUGCGGCAAUAAUCUUGUUCGUUUGAUUGCCGCAGCCAUCCGCGUCUGCGUCUGCGUCUAGACGCUGCGUCUUGCGGCAAUCAAAAUUUGGACGCGGAUAAAAUCAGCGAUUUUAACUAAUAUUCUGCGUCUAUUUACUUAUUUACAUUUUAGCCCUUAACACAAUUCAUUAUUUACAAAAAAUACUCAACCCUAAUAGACGCAGCCGCUCUCUCCUCCUCCCGUAGAAGCUGCGUCAAGCACUGUACUUGAGCUCUCUCGAUCUCUCUCGAUCUCUCUCUCCAUCUCUCUCGAUCUCUCUCUCCAUCUCUCUCGAUUUCCAUUACGAGCUCUCCGACACAAACCCAUCUGAAGCUCUCUCUCUCUCUCUCGAUCUCCAACGCAUCUCUCUCUCUUCUCCAGACGCAAACCGAUCUCUCGAUCUCGAACCCAGCUCGAACCCAGCUCUCUCUCGAACCCACCUCGAACCCAGCUCUCUCUCGAACCCAGCUCGAACCUAGCUCUCUCUCGAACCCAUCUCGAACCCAGCUCUUUCUCGAACCCAGCUCUCUCUCGAACCCAUCUCUAACCAAGUGAGAAGGACGCAAGUGUCAAGCUGAAGCAGUUGCAGUACCUAUUAGUUAAAGCUCUUCCUGUUAUUAGGGAUAUUUAUGCAGAACAGAACCGUGAACGGUUGAAGCAGCAGUUAGAGGACUCCCUGUGACAGAAUCUGAUAUUACUUGGUCUGAACUUCAUCCAAGUAUACUGAGAAGAUUCUCCAGCUUGCUCAGACUGUCCCUGUUUCUCUCCGGCUUGCUCACACUGCUGUUGUUGAACUCGUAAGGUCCUUAAGCAAUCUUCUCAAGCUCACACUCUCCAGCUCUCUCUCUUCUCCGAGCUCAUCUCAUCUCGAAGCUCUCUCUUCUCCUUUUCUCAAGUUGAGACCCUCUCAAGUUCAGACCCUCCCAAGUUCAAGAUGACAAAAGAUAUACUUGAAAGAUGGAUAUUAGAAGAUGAGGAUGGUGAUUAUGAUGGUGAGCUUGGUUUGUUUGAUGUUCCUAUCGCUGAGAGAUUGAGUCAUAGAACAGAUCGAGGAGCAGGAUGGCGACAUGUUCAACAACUUAUGUAUGAAUCUGAUCAGCAAUGUUAUGACAUUCUUCGAAUGAAUCAAAGGACUUUUGAAGCUUUGUGCAAGAUGCUAGCUGAGCGAUAUGGAUUGAAAGAGACUCACCAUGUCUACCUUGAAGAAUCUGUGGCGAUGUUUCUCGAGACUGUUGGUCAAGAUAAGACGAAGCGGGAUAUUGCUGCAAGGUAUCAAAGAUCAUUGGAUACAGUCCAACGGAAGCUUGAUGAUGUUUUGAGUGCUAUUCUGAAGUUUGCGGAGGAUACAUUAAGACCACAAGAAGGCGAGUUUGGAAGAGUGAGUCCUGUUUUGAGGAAUGAUGAUCGGUAUUGGCCUCAUUUCAGAGAUUGUGUUGGAGCACUCGAUGGAACUCAUGUGCCGGUUCGCCCUCCAAGUCAAAAUGCAGAAGCAUGUAAAGGUAGAAAGCAAGAUCCUACAAUGAAUGUUCUUGCUAUAUGUAACUUCGACAUGAAGUUCAUAUACGCAUAUCUCGGUGUACCUGGUAGAGCACAUGAUACAAAGGUCUUGACUCAUUGUGCGAGGAAUGAGGCUUCUUUCCCACAUCCUCCUCCUGGGAAGUAUUAUCUAGUUGACUCGGGAUAUCCAACUAGGACGGGGUAUCUUGGUCCGCAUCGGAGUAUGCGAUAUCAUCUGGGUCAGUUUGCUAGAGGAGGACCACCAGUUAGUGCACGAGAGUUGUUCAACUGAAAGCAUUCAGGAUUGCGAUCGGUGAUUGAGAGGACAUUUGGAGUAUGGAAAGCAAAAUAGAGGAUUUUGGAUCGUAAGCAUCCAAAGUAUGGUCUGGUCAAGUGGAUUAAGCUUGUGACAGCGACGAUGGCGCUACACAACUUCAUACGUGAUUCACAUCGGGAAGAUCAUGAUUUUGUACAAUGGCAAAGCGAUGAUGAUGGAGAAGGAGAAGGAGAAGCAGAAGGAGCUGAUGGUGAUGAAGAAGAAGGAGAAGAAGGUGAUGAUGAUGAUGAUGAUGAUGAUGAUGAUGAUGAUGAUGGUGGUGGUGGUGGUGGUGGUGGUGGACAUAUUGUAUAUGAGCCGACCGGUGAUAGAGCGAUGGAAGCUUUGCGUAAGAGCAUCACAGAUGAAUAUGGUAGAGGUCGUUUACCGUAUUAAAUGUUUUAGUUAAUGACUUUUUUUUUUGCUUAUAACUUUGAUUAUCAGUUCUAUGAGAUACUUGAAAUAUUUGUUUUAUUUAUUUAAGACUUGAUGUAUUAUUUAACUUUUGUUUAUGAUAAAAAAUGUUGUUUAAUUUAUUACUAAUUAAAUAUAAUAUUUUGAUGAAUGUAAAUAUUACAAAUUUAAAUCUACAUUUUAUUUAUUUAAAAUAUAAUUUUACAAAUUUAAAUCUACAUUUUAUUUAUUUAAAAUACAAUUUUACAAAUUCACAAAAUUCAUAAAAUUAAAAUAUGAAAUAAAAGAAAAUUGCGUCUGCGGCAACCAAACGAACAGAACUAAAUCUACUUUCCGCGUCUGCGGCUGCGGCAAUGUCCUGCGUCUUAGAAACGAACAACAAGUUGCGUCUGCGGCUGCGGCUGAGUCUGCGGCUGCAAAACGAACAACCAAAGGAAUAGACGCAGCCGCAACCGCAAACUCAGCCGCAGGAACCUGCGUCAAUGAAACGAAGAGCCCUAAUUAUUUUAAGAAUCAGAAAAUUAUUCAAAAUUAUUCAAAAUGUACAUGAACAUAAAACAACUAAAGCUUCAGCCUUCGGUACUGAAACCUUCAUGGAGUUCAAGGCCCAAACAGUAUUUUUUAUUUAACUUGAGUGUGAAAGUAGUACAUAAACUGAAACUAAUUAAAACCAACAUCUCUAAUCAUCGUUUUAAUCCUUUAUUUUUCAAACUUCUCGGAGAUAA